CGACGACUUAUUCAGUCGCAGCAGAAGGUAGGUCACCAAUUCGCCGGUGUAGCUUUAUUUUUUUAAAGCUACGGGUGUAACUAAGACACGUGGCUUUCCCGUCGACAAAUCAACACUUUUUUGAUUCCUUAAAAAAAAAUUAAUUGUUAAAAAGAACUACAAGUGAUAUUAUCUUGUGAUACUUAAGUUUAAGAGUUUAAUUAUUAAGAAAGAAAGAAAACGAAGACGUCAAAAUGCCCGUAAUUGAGGAUACAGUUACCACAACGGAAACGAUAAUCGAAGAAAACGAAGAUAUCCCAUCAAAAAUUUUGGAAACCCGAGAUAGUAUUUCCUCAAUUGAUUCAAACAUUUCUUUAUCAUUUGAUAAACCGCGUAAAAAUUCUCAAAAUGAAGCUGAAGAUGAAGGUGCACAUAUGGGAGAUCUUUCUGAUUCUGCUUCGGAUACCGGAUCGCAAGGAGGAGGGAAAGAUUCAGGUUGUGAGGUCACUCCGGAAGUAGUUGAAGAACCUCCUUUCCAACCACCAUCUGAUGAACUCGCCGAUAAGAUCGUACAACAAGUCGAAUUUUAUUUCUCCGACGCAAACAUCAGCAAAGAUGCGUUUUUAUUAAAACACGUUAAAAGGAAUAAAGAAGGGUACGUUUCAUUAAAAUUAAUUUCAAGUUUUAAAAGAGUUAAGCAUAUCACUAAAGAUUGGAGAGUUGUCGCUCACGCUUUAGCAAGAUCAAAAAAAUUAGAAAUCAACGAACCUGGAACAAAAUUAAGGAGAAUUGAUCCGUUACCACAAUAUGAUGAAACAACACCUUCAAGAACCAUAGUUGCUGUUAAUAUGCCUAUUGAAAAACCUACAAUUGAAAAUGUCGCCGAAUUAUUUAAAGAAUGCGGAGAAAUUUCUUUAAUAAGAAUUUUAAGACCUGGAAAUCCAAUACCUGCAGAUGUUCGGCAAUUUAUUAAUAAAAAUCCGUCUUUAGCUGGAUUAGUAUGCGCUUUAGUCGAAUUUGUUGUUUCGGAAUCGGCGAGAAACGCUAUUAAAUUACAAGAAAAUCACGAAGAACUUAAAGUUUACGAACUUAACGGUGUUCCACAUCCAGAACGUAAAAAGAAAAACAACAAGAAAACCAUAAAUAAUAAAAAAUCAUCAAUUGAAAAAAUUAACGAAGAAGAUAAAAUUUUAGAUCCACGAUUAAAAUUACGUAGAGGCAAUUCAUCACAUUUUCCAUCGAGAAAUAUCGAACCAGCAGCUUGGUUACAAAGAAGAUUUUCAGCGACAACAGCCGAAGCAAAUUUUUUGUUUAUGCCGAGACGUUUAUCUUAUGGUAGUAGAGAUUCAAGCGAUUCUAGUUUGUAUACACCAAGAAGGUUAAGCUCGGCAAGUACUUUAUCAGGUUUUGAAAGUAGUGGAAGUAGCAGUUAUAACCGUAGAAUGUCUUCGUGUAGCCAAACAUCAGAUAGCAGCUGUGGUAGAUCGAGAAGUAAUAGCACAGCUUUUCAUAAUGAUAAUUUGGUACGAUUACCAAAAGGACCGGAUGGGUCUAAAGGUUUUGGGAGACCAAGACAAAUACCAGCUUAAAAUUUACCAUUUUUUAAAACCGCAUUAUUGUUACUGCUAAAAAUUUUUUUUAAAGGUUAAGAUUAUGUCCAAUAAAAUAAAAAUUGAUUUCAAAAAAUUAGUUGGUGAAAUUGAAAAUUCGUACUUAGAUUGUUGAUUGAAAUAUGUUCUAUUAAUAUUUUUUGAUUAUUUUAAGGUGAUGAAAAAAUGCCACCAACUAAAACCUUGAAAUUUUUAUUUUAUUGAAUAUUUAUGUUUUUCUUUGUAAUUUAUUUUCUAUUUUUAAAAUUCUUUUUGUAAUUUAUUAUUGUCCUUUAAAUUUCGUUUUGUAAACUUUAAGGGUCUUUCAAAUCUCGUAUUAUUUACGUACUUAAUUUAUUUACUUUGUAAGUUUUCGAUUUAUUAUUAUUCCUUAUACAUAAAAAAAGCAUUCCCAAGUUG